CUGGAGUGUGUAUGGGAGCUGCAACAGUAGAGAUGGAGGCACCCUGAAGGCUCUUAGCAACCUGGCCUGGAGAGGGGAACAUCACUCACCUCUAGGGAAAUUGGGGACCUAUUCCCCUGCAUCUCCUGGGAGGGAAAGCAUUUUCUUCCCCCUGCACCCCAUCCCAAGCUGCACACCUGGCUAGCAGCUAGGAAUUCCUGCAGGAACAGAGUGGGUACCCUUGUGGCUUCAUGAAUGUCUGGUCCAGGCAGCUGCACGCUGCAGAUUCACAGAGUCUGCUCUGAGAACUUGUCUGUCACGGCUGAUUUCAGGGGCAGUCUGCUGGAGCAGACACUGGGCAGGACUCGGUGUGACAAAAUGUCCCCUUGCCCAUCCCAGCAAGGAUGGCCUCGGGGUACCUUUCUCCCAUUAUAUAACCCACUGGCAACAGGAGAGCUUGGUUCACAAGGGGAAAUGGAGCUCACCUGGCAAGAGAUCCUGUCUAUCUCAGAGCUGCAGGGCCUUGAUAUGCCAACGGAAACAUGCUAUGAAUCUGCUAUAUGUGGCCAUACCCAACAGAUGGUGCCACCUCCUGUCCAUGGACCCUGCACAGGGAUAGAAGAGAGUUCAAUGCUCAACUACAGCCAACCUGUUCCCACAUACCAAAGUACAUACCCAGAAACUCUGCCAGCCUCUUGUUCUCUCCACAGCUAUACUGGUAUGCUCAUUUCCUCCCUUGAGUCUCUGGGACCUGCCAGCCUGGGUGCAUGUAAAGGAGGGUCAGGGAUGUUGGAAAACAGAGAGUUGAGCAAUGGCUAUAGAUCUCAGGGUCCCUGUAAGCCUCAGGAUGACUUGGAAUCAGAUUCUGGCUUGUCACUUAACUACAGUGAUGCAGAGUCCUUGGAGGCAGAGGGGCAGGAGCGAGUUGAGUAUACCUCUCUGUACCCUAUGGACCAUGCCCCAGGAUACCCAAUGCUGGCUCCAGUCCCCGAGAUACCCAUCUGUGGCCCACACCCAGAACAUUCUUUGGAGAAGGGACAGGGCCCACAUGGUGAGCUGGCUGGUAGUCGGGAUGAACGGCGGGCCCUAGCCAUGAAAAUCCCCUUCCCUGUUGAUAAAAUCAUCAACUUGCCAGUGGAUGACUUCAAUGAGCUGGUGUCACGCUUCCCCUUGACUGAGCCUCAGCUGGCACUGAUCCGGGACAUCCGCCGCCGUGGCAAAAAUAAAGUGGCAGCUCAAAAUUGUCGCAAACGCAAACUGGAGACACUGGUGCAUCUGGAGAGGGAGCUUGAUGAGCUGAGUCGUGAGCGGCAGCGCUUGUUACGGGACCGUGGUGAGUUUAAUAGGACACUGAUGCUCACAAAGCAAAAACUGGGAGCACUGUACCAUCAAGUCUUUUGCAUGUUGCGUGAUGAAGCUGGCAACACCUACUCUCCUGAGGAGUAUAUGCUGCAACUUGCUGUUGAUGGCAGUGUCUUCCUUGUGCCACGAAAUGAACAACCAGAUAUUUCUACUGACUGAAGGACACUGAGAUAGACUAAGCCAAAUCACAUUAGGAAGUACCGUUAUCCAGGGGCUUAUGGAGAAAUUGUCUCAGCAGUACCCAUAUUUGACCAGAGCUUGAGACAAUGUGUUGCAUUUAUGUUCAAAUGUAGGGCAAUCCAGGACAAAGCACACAAAACCACUACCAUGUAGGGUGGGGGCUUUGCCGAGACUAGUGCUGAGCUUUUAAAAACUUAUAUCCUUAGACCACUCACCCCCAACCUGUUAUGCUCACUUUAGCUAGCUAAUAAGCAUAUGUGCACCAUAACCAAGAAGUCACUUGCGGAUAUCACAGUUCAUCCAGUCAUAUGUUCAAAAAAUCAUUCUUUUAAAUUACAAAUUUCUUGUUCAAUUCCACUUUGGGCUAUAUCUGCAUAGUGACAAGACUAAGGAGAAACAGAUAACAGGCAAGGCUAAGGAAGAAACCUGUGGUUCUAGGACUGAUGAGAUUUCCCCCUGCCAAGUUCUUUUCCCUGCUGGACUCAUCCCAUGAAUCCACACAAUGUGUUUCAGUCAGAGACUGACUAUGCAAACCAAAUUUUUAAGGAACUUUUCAGUGAUAUGACCAGACUUGUAUUAAGUUCCGGGAAGAGGAAAUAUGCCAUUUAAGGUCGCCCCACAUUUAUAAAUAGUAAUUCAUCCAGUAAUCAUCACAAUGUCUGGGCAAUAUCCAAGUUACCUUAAUAUAGAAUUCUUAAGUUUGCUGAUUGUAAAGACCAAAGUGCGAUGAUAAACAUUAGGCAGUAGCUAUGUCAAAACAUUUUACCAUACAACUGUUAAUUUAUUUUGGGACACAUCCAUGGGGAAGUCAUGAUUCUUCGGUAAUAUAAAUGUAAAGGCAAAUAACUAACAUAUUUCAGAGAAGCUUAAAUUACCCUGGCUAUACAAUAGACUAUUCGCAACUAAAAGAAUGCACUCUUUAAAUGCAUAUUGUUCAACAGCCAGGUUAAAGCAGCAAUUAAAUAAAAAAGGACACUUGAAUUCUAUAAGAUAUAUCAAAGUGCUUGACAAAACAUGUCGGCCCAAGCCAUAUAUUGGGGGGGGGGGGUUGUGUCCCACAAAGCACCAUUUCCUGUCACAACCCUGUAUUCCUAACAGUUGUACAUAUUCCUUCUCUGUACAAAAAAACUGCAAUGUCUAGUUAAAUGAUAGUUGAAUGACCCCUUCUUUCUACUGCAGUGAAAACAUUCUGAACAAGCACUUUCUUUUAGCACUGUACCAGUCAGAGGAAUGUUAGCUCAAGAACUCAGGAGGCAGACCAGGAAAGAACUUCAAUUUCAAUGACUGUUUAUCUGUUCAGUUAAGAAUUUGUUUGUUCAGAUGGUUUGACACAGGAGUGAGUAAAUUAUGGCCCCCUAGCUACUGGUUUUUAUUAUGUUGAGCAGAAAAACUUGCACCAUGAACUGCAGGUGGAGUGGGAAAGAUGCCAAAUCUCACAGCUUGUCCCCUCUCCCCACUAGAUUCAAGCCAUUUCAGUAUGUCAGUUGUUUAGGGAAAUCAUGUCAGAAUAAUGGUAUGGAAUCCUUCAAAUGCUUUAUACAUUGACAGAUCUCAAAAAAAUAAGACAGUUCUUGGAAGAAUCUUUUAUUGCAGUAUAAAAAUAUUUUUAAGAAUAGUAUUUACACACUAGCUACACAGUAGCCAUUGACUUUUCUCUGAAAGGCUUAUGUUAUGCUAAAUUGAAGAGUCCUGCAAAACAGAAAACAAAACAAAACAGUGAAACAUGAAACACAUUCAAGUAUAUUUGUUUUGCUUUUAAAAGAUACUGAAACUUCCCUCCAUGUCUAGCAAACCAACUUUCCCCCAUCAAGGCAAUUAAUAAAAUGUUAAAUUCAGUCCAGAUCUCUUGACUAUUCUCAUUCAGAUUUUUUAUCCAUUAUAGUAUCCUUACUUUCCCAAUGACUUCCUCAGAUGGGUUGUUCUUACC